AUUUCUCUGCAUGCAAAGUUCUCUCCAACUCAAACGCACAAAAGGCUCAGUACAACCAACACAUUUUUGUAUGGUAGCUCUUAAAAUUUCGAUUCUUACCUGAGCUUUAGAAACCCAUUUGCUCUGUCUUCAUUGUUGGGGUUUUUUCACUCUUAAUUUUAGGGUUUUUGGGGGUCAGAAUCGCCGAGUUUAAGCUCAGAAGGAACUGGAAAUUUUCAGGUGUUUUGGUGUUGAAAGCAGCGGAAUUAAAGCGGAGACUAGACGUGUUUUAUAGUUGUUCAUAAGGAAAUGGAGGACAAUGUUCAACCCACCAUUUUGGAGGGGGAGGUAGUUGGAAUCAGAUUUGGUUUGGCGACUCAUAAGGAAAUAUCUACGGCAUCUGUUAGUGACUGCCCCAUAAGCCAUUCUAGUCAGCUUACAAAUCCAUUCCUUGGUUUGCCACUUGAAUUUGGUAAAUGCGAGUCUUGUGGCACAUCUGAACCUGGAAAAUGUGAAGGUCACUUUGGUUAUAUUGAACUGCCAAUACCAAUAUAUCAUCCAAGUCAUGUUAGUGAAUUGAAGCGAUUGUUAAGCUUAUUGUGCUUAAAGUGCUUGAAAAUGAAAACAAAUAAGUUUCAGGUCAAGAGCAAUGGUGUGGCUGAACGAUUGUUUUCGUGUUGUGAGGAGGCUUCUCAAAUUUCUAUUAAAGAUAUUAAAACAACAGAUGGUGCUUUCUUUUUGAAAUUGAAGCUACCAUCUAGGAUGAGAAUGAGAGAUGGUUUUUGGAAUUUCUUAGAAAGAUAUGGUUUUCGCUACGGUGACGACAUCAUCCGAACAUUGCUUCCCUGUGAGGUGAUGGAAAUGCUUAGGAGAAUUCCACAAGAGACUAGGAAAAAACUUGCUAGAAAAGGGUAUUUUCCUCAGGAUGGUUAUAUCAUGCGAUAUAUACCGGUUCCACCUAACUGUUUGUCAGUUCCAGACAUUUCGGAUGGCAUUAGCGUCAUGUCCUCUGAUCUUUCUAUAUCUAUGCUUAAGAAAGUUCUUAAGCAAGUUGAGAUAAUCAAAAGCUCACGAUCUGGCCCAGCAAAUUUUGAAUCCCAUGAAGUUGAAGCUGUUGAUUUGCAGUCGGCAGUGGAUCAAUAUCUUCAAGUUAGGGGUACUGCAAGAGCAUCUCGGGAUGUUGAAGCAAGAUUUGGGGUACACAAGGAGUCCAAUGAUUCCUCAACCAAAGCAUGGCUUGAGAAAAUGAGGACUUUGUUCAUUAGAAAGGGUUCUGGAUUCUCUUCACGCAGUGUGAUUACAGGUGAUGCGUACAAGCGUGUGAAUGAGAUUGGCAUCCCUUUCGAAAUUGCUCAGAGAAUCACAUUUGAGGAGAGGGUUAAUGUGCACAACAUCAAGCAUCUGCAAGAGCUUGUGGACAACAAAUUGUGCCUGACAUACAAGGAUGGAUCUUCCACUUAUUCGCUCAGAGAAGGUUCCAAGGGACACACAUUCCUUCGUCCAGGUCAGAUUGUCCAUCGGCGAAUUAUGGAUGGAGAUAAAGUCUUCAUCAAUAGACCACCAACAACACACAAGCAUUCUUUGCAAGCACUGUCUGUUUAUGUGCAUGAUGAUCAUACUGUGAAGAUUAAUCCUCUUAUAUGUGGGCCCUUGAGUGCUGAUUUUGAUGGUGAUUGUAUUCAUCUAUUCUAUCCUCAGUCUCUUGCUGCAAAAGCGGAAGUCUUGGAGUUGUUCUCAGUUGAGAAGCAAUUGCUUAGCUCCCAUAGUGGCAAUCUGAAUUUACAACUGACCACAGAUUCUCUUUUAUCUUUGAAGAGAAUGUUUAAGGAAAACUUCUUGAACAAAGCAGCUGCUCAGCAAUUAGCUUUAUUUGUAUCAUCUUCUUUGCCACAGCCUGCUUUGAGGAAAGUUCACCAUUUUGGCCCAUUUUGGACUGCUCCACAGAUAUUACAAAUGGCUUUGCCUUCUUUGUUUGAUUGCAUUGGGGAAAGGUACUUAAUCAGUGAAGGGGACUUUGUGAAGGUUGACUUCAGUAGGGAUAGUGUGCAGGCCAUCAUUAAUGAAGUUGUCAUCUCUAUCUUUUUUGAGAAAGGUCCUGAUGCCGUUUUUAAAUUCUUUAACUCUUUGCAGCCGUUGUUGAUGGAAAAUAUGUUUUCUGAAGGUUUUAGUGUUGACUUGAAGGACUUUUACAUAUUUAGGGCUGCCAUGGAGAGUAUUCAUAGAGACUUUAAGGUCAUUUCUCCUUUGCUUAGUCACUUAAGGUCAAGAUACAAUGAACUGGUGGAGUUGCAAUUGGAGAAUCACAUCCGGUAUGCCAAACUACCUGUUGAAGAAUUUAUUUUGAGAUCAUCUUCCCUAGGUGAAUUAAUUGACUGUAAGAGUGAUUCAGCCAUGACUAAGUUAGUUCAACAAAUUGGCUUCUUGGGCCUGCAAAUUUCAGACAGAGGGAAGUUCUAUACUAAGACAUUGGUUGAGGAUGUUGCUUCUCAUUUUGAGAGAAAAUAUCCUUCUGAUUUAGUUGAUUAUCCAUCUGCACAGUAUGGAUUGAUUCAAAGCUGUUUCUUUCAUGGGUUAGAUCCAUAUGAAGAGAUGGUACACUCAAUAUCUACAAGAGAGGUUAUUGUUCGGUCAUCAAGGGGAUUAUCUGAACCUGGAACCUUGUUCAAGAACUUGAUGGCUAUCCUUCGGGAUGUAGUGAUUUGUUAUGAUGGAACAGUGAGGAAUGUGUGCAGCAAUUCAAUAAUCCAGUUUGAGUAUGGAGUAAAUUCAGGAGUUACGGCGCAGAGUUUAUUCCCUGCGGGUGAACCUGUAGGAGUAUUAGCUGCAACUGCUAUGUCCAAUCCUGCAUACAAAGCAGUUCUUGACUCUACUCCAAGUAGCAACUCCUCAUGGGAGUUGAUGAAGGAAAUACUUCUGUGCAGAGUUAACUUCAAGAAUGAUCUUACAGAUCGUCGCAUCAUUUUAUAUUUUAAUGAUUGUGGUUGUGGGAGAAGUUACUGCCAGGAAAAAGCGGCUUACUUGGUGAGGAAUAGCUUGGAGAGAGUAAUUCUUAAAGAUAUUGCAAAGUGUUUUAUGAUUGAAUACAAGAAGCAGCAAACAAUAGCAGAUGCCAGCCUUGUUGGUCAUAUUCAUCUUGAAAAGAUGAAGUUGCAAGAACUGAAUGUUGGUAUGGAGGUUAUUCUUCAAAAGUGCAAAGAUACUAUCACUUCAUUUCGAAAGAAGAAAAAGCAUGCUAUUUUUAAAAAGAUAGAGGUGUCUAUGAGUGAAUGUUGCUCUUUUGAGCAAUCUUAUGCUGAUGAAUGGUCUAGCAUGCCGUGCUUGACGUUCUUUUGGCUAGACCCAGAUGUUCAUUUGGAGAACAUUUCACAUAUCUUCGCCGAUGUGGUUUGUCCUGUCUUGUUGGAGACAAUAAUCAAAGGUGACCAUCGCAUUUCCUCUGCAAGCAUUAUUUGGGUUAGUCCUGAUACAACAACUUGGAUAAGAAAUCCCUCCAGUGCUCAGAAGGGGGAACUAGCCCUGGAUGUUGUUAUUGAGAAAUCAGCGGUGAAACAAAGUGGUGAUGGAUGGAGAAUUGUCCUAGAUUCAUGUCUUCCUGUUCUUCACCUGAUUGAUACUACACGUUCUAUACCAUAUGCCAUUAAACAAGUUCAGGAAUUGUUGGGAGUUUCUUGUGCAUUUGAUCAAGCAGUUCAGCGCCUCUCAACAUCGGUGAAAAUGGUGGCAAAAGGUGUGCUCAAGGAGCACCUUGUUCUCCUUGCAAAUAGCAUGACAUGUGCUGGAAAUUUGGUUGGCUUCAAUUCUGGCGGGUACAAAUCAUUAUCUCGCUCAUUGGAUAUCCAAGUACCAUUUACUGAGGCAACUCUCUUUACCCCAAGAAAAUGUUUUGAGAGAGCUGCAGAAAAGUGUCAUGUAGAUACUUUGUCCAGUGUAGUUGCAUCUUGUUCGUGGGGUAAGUGUGUGGCAGUUGGUACAGGAUCACGAUUUGAUUUGCUCUGGGACCAGGGGGAGGCUUGUUUCAAUCAAGAGGGCAAAACCGAUGUGUAUGAAUUUCUGAAUAUGGUGAGAAGUGCAAAUGGGGAAGAAUCAGUCACUGCUUGUUUAGGUGCAGAAGUUGAUGAGCUUAUGGAAGAUGAAAUUGACUGGAACCUGUCCCCAGAGCACAAUUUUGGUUCUGAGAAGCCCAUCUUUGAAGACACUGCUGAAUUUCAAGAAAAGCCCUGGUCUAGUUGGGGAACAGAUACAGUUGAAACACAAAAUGCACUCUCCACAAAAGCCCAAGAGCAAUCUGACAAGUCAAGUGGUUGGGAUACUGCAGCUACAUGGCAGACAAAAGCAAAGGAAAACACUGAUGAGGCAAGCACAUGGUCUGGUUGGAGAACAAGGAAAACGGAAGAAUCUGAUCUCCCUGCGAUGAAAGUGCAAAAAAAUCCUGAACUGUCUAGCAGUUGGGAUAAUGCAGCUGCUUGGCAGAAAAAUGUCAGCGGAAGUACUGAGAAAAUUGGAAUUGAGACAAACUCUUGGUCUGGUUGGGGAACGAGGAAAACCGGAGCACAUGAUGACCUUGCAAUUAAACCUCAAGAAGAAACUGGGAGGCCCAGUGAUAAGGAUGAUGGUGUUGCCUGGGGAAAAGGGGCUCAAGGUGAUGCUCAGUUGGAAAAUUAUGGGGCCACUUUAUUGAAGUCAAAUCCAAAUAGUUGGUCUGGGUGGGAUAGGAAGGCAACUGAGAAUCAGCUGAUAUCUGGUAGGGCUUCUUCAACUGCUGAAGACUGGAGUAAGGACAAAAGUCCACCUUUGGAGUCAUGUGUGGACAAUAGCAGUUGGGGGAAACCCAAGUCAUCUGAUGUUCCAUGUGGCUGGGGCUCACCAAAAGACUCUGUUAAAGCCAGAAGUUCCCUGGGUUGGGGCUUGCCAGAUUCAGGAGCAGCUAAUUCACCUGAUGUUUCACGCAGCUGGGACUUACCAAAGGAUUCUAUUAAAGUAGGAACUUCCCAGGGCUGGGGCCUGCCAGAUUCAGCAGCACCCAAGUCACCCGAAGUUUCACAUUGCUGGGACUUGCCAAAAGAUUCUCUCAAAGCAGCAAAUUCUCUCAAAGCAGCAAGUUCUCAGGGUUGGGGCCUGCCAGAUUCAGAAGCAGCUAAAUCUCCUGAAGUUACACAAGACUGGGGCUUGUCCAAAGAGUCUGUUAAAUCAGAAAGUUCCCAGGGAUGGGGCCUGCCAAAUUCAGGAGCCAGUCCUGAAGUUUCACAAGGCUGGGGCUCAUCCAAAGAGUCUGUUAAAGCUGCAAAUUCCCAGGGUUGGGGCCUGCCAAAUUCGGGAGCCAGCCAAGAAGUUUCACAAGGCUGGGGCUCAGCCAAUGAGUCUGUAAAAGCAGCAGGUUCCCAGGGUUGGGGCCUACCAGAUUCAGAAGCUGGCAAUGGGAGUGAUAGACAACAACAGUGGGGACAACAACAGAGUGGAGAAUUUAAGAGAAAAAGAGCUGAAGGAUCAAGAGGUUGGGGUUCAAAAAGUGCUGAUUGGAAAAGCAAGAACCGCCCCGCUAAGUCACCUGGAAAUGUCCACGAUGAUUCUAGUAUGAGUGGGAUGUAUACAGCAACCAGACAGAGGUUGGACAUGUUUACAUCUGAAGAGCAGGAUAUUCUUUCUGAUAUUGAGCCACUAAUGCGGUCUAUUAGAAGAGUAAUGCAUCAAUCUGGGUACAAUGAUGGGGAUGCACUGUCUGCUGCUGACCAGUCAUAUGUGCUUGAUAAUGUCUUCAACUAUCAUCCAGAUAAAGCGGCAAAGAUGGGUUCUGGCAUUGACCAUGUCACAGUUAGCAAGCACAGCAGUUUCCAGGAAAGCAGGUGCUUCUAUGUUGUUUCGACUGAUGGUAGCAAACAAGAUUUUUCCUACCGAAAAUGCCUAGAAAACUUUAUCAAGGGGAAGUAUCCUGACUUGGCUGAGGAAUUCAUAGAAAAAUAUUUCACUAGACCUCGUGCCAGAGCCAACCGCCAGCAGCAAAACUCUGUUUCAGGAAGAAGCGGUGAUGACAGCCAGCAGCAAAACCUUGUAAAAGAGAGAAGUCAGGAUGACAACCAGGUGCAAAACCUCAUUACAGAGGGAAAUGCAGAUGAGAAUAGGUCAUAAGAUCAUGUCAAUGAUGCCAACGCUUCCUCAGAUGGUUUUGAUUCGAUACAGGCAUUGGUAUCUUUUGCUAGUUUGAUUUGUAUAUAUAAAACAGAUAUUUUGUGUUCAUAUCUGAUGUCAAUUAUACUUUGAUCGCUCAUUAUGAGCUGCCAUUUUUUCUGCAUAGGUGCAGUUCUUAAUGUUCCUGUUAGAAAGCUAGUUAUCUAACAGUAGGCCUGCUAAUUGAAGUUGCCUGUCGUUAGCAAUAUAGUGGAGUAUUCAGUUUUC